AUGUUUUUUGGUACUACUAUAUUACACUUGAGAGUUGUCCUAUUAUACUUGUGUUCCUUGAGAUUCACAGUGGAAGAUAACGAGGAACGUACCCGAGCUAUCAGACGAAAAAAAAAUUACAUCGAUCGUUAUUCUCUUUCUUUUUUUUUUAAUAUCUUUAAAAAUAUUUCACCUCUCAAGUCACUUGGCUUGACUCACUGCUACUGUCACCCAUUUUUGGCGUUCUUUAUGAACAGUUCUGAGUCAGAAGCCGAAGGAAAAGGCGAAAUAUGUGACAAUUUUAUAAGUAGAAAUGUAAACAAGGAAUCUCAAAAUAUUGAACGCAUGUAUGGGCCUGGGACCUUAUGUCCAAUAUCUCCACCGUUCCCCGUUAGCCUUUACCAUCUUUGCCCAUCCGAGGUUGUGCCUAUGAGAACAGACUUGGUCUGGUACCGUUGUAUAGUCAGGUUCCAUAAAUGGAUCGUCCGAGUUUCUAAACGAAAUAUCUCUUUGGAGUUCUUAUCCUUGCUGAAAUCCGUUCCCAAUCCAGGUGUCUUCAGUACCCAGUUACUUAUUCUUAAUUCUUUCAUACUUUUCAAAGCUGUUUUCCUCGACUCGCUGAUUCUUCAGCUCUUAUUGGGUCACACAUAUUCCUCAGUGAACAAGGCCUAG